AUGACUUCCAAGGUAAAUUUGAUGGAUUCAAACAUAGGAAGUUCAGUGGAAGGAUCAUCAGCCAUGGAAGUUACCCCAGAGCGAAGUGCUAGAUAUGGAUUUGGAAUUGUCCGGAAAUCACAACGUACCGGUAAACUUAGUUAUAUUCCGGAUGUAAAUAUAUCUAAAAGACCACAAGUUGGUAUGCGCUUUAGGACAGUUGAUGAAGCUUAUGCGUUCUACGAGAAUUAUGCCAAGUUGGGUGGUUUUACAAUUCGCAAGAACACACAAAAAAUGAUUAAAGCUAUUGUUACACUGAAGUACUUUACGUGUUCUAAGGAGGGGAAGAAAACAUUUCAGAAAAUUGACACCGUCAAUGAUAUGGAUGUGGAUAAUGUAAAAGGUAAACAAUGUCGUACAAGGCCUUCUAUACGUACAGGUUGUCUUGCAAGUAUAAAGGUUCAGAGAUUGGACGAUAUGACCUACCAGAUUUAUUCUUUUUACGAAGAGCAUAAUCAUACACUUGUGGAAGAUGGGGAUUAUCAAUUUUUGAGUACUGCUAGAAAUUUGUCUGUUGUUCAAGAAGAUUUUAUUCAGAACUUGUCAAAGUUGAAUAUUGGACCUGUUCAAGCAUUUAACAUUAUAUAUGACAUGGUAGUUGUCCCUUUCACCGGCAUAGAUAAUCAUCACAAGAACGUUACCUUUGGUGUUUCUCUAUUAGCAUCGGAGACUGCUGAGUCAUAUAAUUGGUUAUUAUCGGCUUUUAAAAAAUGUUAUAGACGGGAACCACGUGUAGUUGUUACUGAUCAAGACCCCGCGAUGAAAAAGACGAUACGGGAGGUGUUUACUACGAGUCGACACCGGCUGUGCAUGUGGCACAUCAUGAAAAAGGUUGUCGAAAAGGUUGGGCCGACGGUGAAGAAAGAUAAGUCUUUUAGACAAUGCAUUUGUGACAUUGUUUGGACUGAUGCAAUUCAGCAGGAGGACUUUGAGAAAAAGUGGAAAGAAAUCAUGAGUGAUUUUCAUUUGACUGGAAACAAAUGGUUGUCCGAUAUGUAUGUAAUUAGGAAUGAUUGGAUCCCUGCUUAUUAUCAUCACGAGAACAUGUCAGGUUUGAUGCGAACAACAUCUCGUUCAGAGAGCGAGAAUCGUUUUUUUGGGCAAUUUAGAAGCAACAGUCAUAACCUUGUUGAAUUCAUCAGUCAUUUUGAAACGGCAAUUGAGUCACAACGAUACAAGCACCGGAAAAAUGAUCAUGACACAAGGAAUACAACUCCUGAUUGGGUUACGAAUUUAAAUUUUGAGAGAGAAGCUAAUGAAAUAUAUACAAGGAAUAUAUUUAACGAUCUUCAGCAUGAGUUACUCCUCGGUGUUACAGAAUCACACUCUAUGAAAGUUGAACAACUCGGUAAAUUUAUUAAGUUUUCAAUUAAGGAUUUAGAUGUUGAAGGUUCAGUCUUGUGUGAAGUGCUUUUUCGAGAAGAUGAUAUGGAAAUAAAAUGUAGCUGUGGUAGGUAUGAACAAUAUGGUGUGCUAUGUAGGCACAUAUUUUUGGUGCUAAAGAUGUCUAAGGUUGAAACUUUUCCUAAAAAAUAUGUUAUGAGAAGAUGGACGAGAGAUGUUGUCCCAAGGAAGACUGUUACGUCAGUUAAGGAGAAUGCCGAAGCUAAUCAGACAGUGGACGGUGUUAAUAAAGUUGUACGUGAAAUUAUGAUUGGGACUGAGUAUAUUGUUGAUAAAUUGUCAAUGGACAUGGAGAAGCUGACGUUGUAUAGAGAUAAAGUUAAAGGAGAUAUAGCUCAACUAGAUGGGAUUUGCGGGUCUUCUCAACCUAUACAGAAGAAGGGCAGAAUUGCUACUUUGCUUGGGUUUAAGCAACCUGAUAAAGAUACUGUUCGAGCUCUGGUUGGUAUUAGAACUAAGGGGUGUGGUUUCAAAAAAUGGAUUAAGUCUACUUUUGAGCAAGUUUCUACUAAACAGCCAAGGAAGCAAAGGACAUGUGGUUCUCAUGAGCACGACAAGCGUAAAUGUGAUAAAAAACCGGAAGCAAGUUAA